AUGAAUCCUAACAAGUACACUUAUAGAAUAACAGUGUAGACGUCCGGCAUUUCUCCUUGAUGGAAUAUAAAUGGCACAUAAAGGUGGAGUGAGAUAAUAUGAUUCAAAAAAAGAUAAGCACUUGAAAGAUUUUAAUUAAAAUCUUCUUUAAAGGUAAAAGGAUAAAGAAACUUCAAGAUUUCACACUGAGAGUAAUCGACAACCAAUAAACUCUUCUAUUUUAUCAUUAAAUUAAAGCAUUGUAAAUAAAUAAUUAUAAAUUUUAUGAAGCAACUGCAACAAAGACCUAGUGUCAGAUAAAAUCAACAUAAUCGUGUUUAUACUUAAAAUCAAUAUCCUGACAAUUCUAUGUCUCCAAAUAUGUAAACAAGAUUAUAAAACACUCCCAAAAAUAAAAGGGAAGGUGGUUUAUCCUUACCAAAAUUAGAUUCCACUAACAGCAACCUCUAAAAACCAGUUACAAGAGAGUAAUUAUUACAAUUCCUUGAUUAAAUAAUGUUUGCUGUUGAAAAUGUAUAGUACAUAGUAUCAUAAUAUGAAAAUCCUCCUAGCGAUAUUAAUCAAUCAUAACCGGUCAGACAGAUACCAAAAUUUAAAAUUACACAAGAAUAACAAACUGAUCAUUCCUACAUACAAUCCUAACUUAAAUCUAAAUAACAGUAUAUUAAUAAAGUCAAUAAAAAAACACAAACACCAAAUAAAUAGAUUAGGGCUAAUUCUCAAAGUUGUGAAUAAUAAAUAAUUAAUAAAAAAUCAGCUAAAGUUAAAACAGAAUUUACAGAAGAAAGUGAUGGUACCGAAAAAAGACCUACCAGAUUUCCAAAUAUUAUCUAAACUUCUCAAAAAUAAAAAGUUGAAAAAAUAUUGUCAUAAAAUCGAAAAAAUAGAGUAUAAUCAUAAGUUAUAUCCUAUUGUUAUGUUAAUUAAAAAGAUAACGAAUAAAUCUAAUAAGAAAAUACUAACAAAUAAAUUAGUAAUAAUGUAACACAAUAAAAUAGCGAUUAAUCUAAUAUUAUUUAUGAAUCAUCUUAACAAAAUUUAAGCAAAACUAAUAUCGAUGUUAAAAAUAAAGAAUAAAUCACACCUUAAAAUGAAACUAAUUUAGUAGAAACUUAAAAAAAACAAUAACAAUCAUCCGUUAAUAAUGUUAAUCAAUUAUAAAAGACAAAUUAAAAUGCGAUGAUCAUACAAAAUCAAAAUAAAUAAGAUGGAAAUCAAUCUAUUUAACAGAUCAGUUCAAAUCGUUAUUCAUUAAGCGAUUUUGAAGAUGUUGAUCAAGAAGUACUUAAAAGCAAAAGUUCAUUAUAGGAUUAAUAAAUUAAUUAGAAAUAAUAAGUUAAUACAUAGAAAACUCCAAAAGUCAAAAAACGCCCAAUAUAAAUUAAAAAUACAAAUUAAAUUGACACAAAUGAUUAAGAUGAACAUAAAUAGUUUGAUCAAAAAACUAUAGAAUUAAGAUAAAAUACAAACGAUUAAUUAAGCAAAGCUUAGUAAUUUUAAAGUUAUUCAAAUUAAGGGGAUUAAGAAUUUUCAAAUGAAUUUUUAUCUGAACAAACAAAACCAUUAACCAAAAACAGUUUAAAUACAAAAAAUUAAUAAUAAUAAAUUAAUAAAUUGUCUUAAAAACAGAAUUCUUCAAAAAAAAUUUUAGAAAUUAACCCUGAUCCAGAAUUUUAUCCAGAUCAUGAUUAAAAAAAGGAUGUAGUAUACAAUAAAUAAAAUGAGCAACCCUUAAACAUUUAAUAAAAUGAUGAAGAACAAGAAAAGAAUGGUCAACUUAAUCAAAAUGAAACAAAUUUUCAAGAAAAAGUACAAAAGCUUCCUAAUGAAAAUCAAUAGAUAGAAUUAGAAAUUUAAAAUUAGGCUUAGUUGAUGUAAAUUUCAAAUGACGAAUAAAAAUCUGAAAAAUAUUAAAUGUCUAUAAAAAGUCAAGAAAAAAUAAAAAAUUAUUAACAAUUAUAAAAUUAAGAUAAAUCAAAUACUUAAGAAUAAUUAGAAAGUUAAGAAAAAAUAAAAAGUUAAGAACAAUUAAAUAGUUUAGAACGAUAAUAAAAUUAAGAUAAAUCAAAUAGUCAAGAACAAUUAAAAAGUUUAGAAAAAAUACAAAGUUAAGAACUAUUAAAUAGGGUAGAACAAUAAUAAAAAUAUGAUAAAUCAAAUAGUUAAGAUUAAUUAGAAAGUUAAGAAAAAAUAAAAAGCUAAAAAUAAUUAUUAAAUUAAGAUAAAUCGAAUAGUUAAGAACAAUUAUAAAGUUUAGAAAAAAUAAAAAGUUAAAAACAAUUAAAUAGUGUAGAACAAUAAUAAAAAUAUAAUAAAUCAAAUAGUUAAGAUUAAUUAGAAAGUUAAGAAAAAAUAAAAAGCUAACAAUAAUUAUUAAAUUAAGAUAAAUCGAAUAGUUAAGAACAAUUAUAAAGUUUAGAAAAAAUAAAAAGUUAAGAACUAUUAAAUAGUUUAGAACGAUAAUAAAAUUAAGAUAAAUAGAAUAGUUAAGAACAAUUAUAAAGUUUAGAAAAAAUAAAAAGCUAAAAAUAAUUAUUAAAUUAAGAUAAAUCGAAUAGUUAAGAACAAUUAUAAAGUUUAGAAAAAAUAAAAAGUUAAGAACUAUUAAAAAGUUUAGAACAAAAAUAAAAAUAUGAUAAAUCAAAUAGUUAAGAACAAUUAUAAAGUUUAGAAAAAAUACAAAGCUAAAAAUAAUUAUUAAAUUAAGAUAAAUCGAAUACUUAAGAACAAUUAUAAAGUUUAGAAAAAAUAAAAAGUUAAGAACUAUUAAAAAGUUUAGAACAAAAAUAAAAAUAUGAUAAAUCAAAUAGUUAAGAUUAAUUAGAAAGUUAAGAAAAAAUAAAAAGCUAAAAAUAAUUAUUAAAUUAAGAUAAAUCAAAUAGUUAAGAACAAUUAGAAAGUUUAAAAAAAAUAAAAAGUUAAGAACUAUUAAAAAGUUUAGAACAAAAAUAAAAAUAUGAUAAAUCAAAUAGUUAAGAUUAAUUAGAAAGUUAAGAAAAAAUAAAAAGCUAACAAUAAUUAUUAAAUUAAGAUAAAUCAAAUAGUUAAGAACAAUUAUAAAGUUUAGAAAAAAUAAAAAGUUAAGAACUAUUAAAUAGUUUAGAACGAUAAUAAAAUUAAGAUAAAUAGAAUAGUUAAGAACAAUUAUAAAGUUAAGAAAAAAUAAAAAGCUAAAAAUAAUUAUUAAAUUAAGAUAAAUCGAAUAGUUAAGAACAAUUAUAAAGUUUAGAAAAAAUAAAAAGUUAAAAACAAUUAAAUAGUGUAGAACAAUAAUAAAAAUAUGAUAAAUCAAAUAGUUAAGAUUAAUUAGAAAGUUAAGAAAAAAUAAAAAGCUAACAAUAAUUAUUAAAUUAAGAUAAAUCGAAUAGUUAAGAACAAUUAUAAAGUUUAGAAAAAAUAAAAAGUUAAGAACUAUUAAAUAGUUUAGAACGAUAAUAAAAUUAAGAUAAAUAGAAUAGUUAAGAACAAUUAUAAAGUUUAGAAAAAAUACAAAGCUAAAAAUAAUUAUAAAAUUAGAAUAAAUCAAAUAGUUAAGAAUAAUUAGAAAGUUUAGAAAAAAUGAAAAGCUAAGAAAAAUUAGAAAGUUAAGAAAAAUUAAAAAAUUAAGAGCAAAUAAAAAGCUAAGAACAAUCAACAGUUUAAGAAAAUAAAUAAUAAUAACUUAUUUUCCCCGCUAUAUCCUAAGAUUUACAAAAAGAUAAGGAAGAAAUAUAAAAAUCUUCGGACUAAAGACCAUAAAGCGUAAAAAACAAUAACGAGGAAUAAACAGAAAUUAAUUCUAUAGUCAACAGUAUUUAUGUUAAACCAAACGAUUUAGCUUAUAAGAAAAGUAAUUAUCAAAAUGAAGAGAUUUAAUUUCAAUCAUAAUAAUUAAAUAAUUAAUAAAUACCCUAAUUAGAUAAUAAUACUUAGAAAGAAUAAAUAAUUGAUAAAAUAUCUAAUCAAUAAUUAAAUUUAAAAAAUAAUGAAGAUCUUGGAGAAUCAUAGUUAAUUAAUGAAGUGUAAUCUAAAAAUUCAGAAAAUAGAUCAGAGAAAUAAAUAACAUAAGGAAAGAAAUAUAUUAAAGAUAAUUUUGCUUAAUCAUAUCAAAUCAAAUUGGCUUAAACAGGAGUUAAAUUUUAGCCCAAAAGUUUGUAAUAGAGUGGAGCUUAUUCAAUUAUAUUUGAUAAAGAUAAAUAUAAAAAUAAAGAAAAAACUAAAAUAAUUGAUGACAAUGAUAAUGAUUAAUAAAAAUCUAAGUAAUUAAUAAUUGAUUAGAAUAAAAAAUAAAAGUAAAAUUGCAAGACUCAUAAAUCAAUGUAAAUAUUUGAGAGUAAUGAAAAAGAUGAAAAAGAUGAAAAUUAAAAAAAAAAUAUGAAAAGCUAAAUCCUUUAUGGUUAAGAGGAACUUGAUGAAGAAUUUAUAAAAUUGUUAAAUUAAACCAAAAAAAUUGAAUAAAAUACACAAAAAAUUGAUGAAACAAAAAAUGACAAUAUCAAAUCUGAUAAGCUUAGCAGAUAAAAAAGCAUUGAAAAACUUUAAUAAUCAUAAGUGAUUGUAUUUGAAAGUUAAGAAAAUAAUAAUUAAGAUCAGCCCUAAGAAAAAGAAGUGUAUUAAGUUGAUAAGAAAUCUUAGAAUAAUGAAAUAAAUGAUUCCCUUUAAAAAAGCCAAAUAUAAAAUAAAGAGUAAGUGAUAUUAGUUGAAAGUAAUGAAGUUGAAAAUAAUAAAAAGCAAGAAAAUAAUUUGAAAUAAUCGAAUAUAUAAGAGCUAAAUAAUACUUAAGUUCAACCUUUCUUGAUAGAAAAGCUAAAUAAUAAGGAUCCUUAAGCGAUUGAUUAAAAUUGA